CUCACACACAGAGAUAGAGAUAAAGAAAGAGCUGUCCCUCAAUUCCUGCACCUGGGUACCUAUGAGCAUGAGCCACUGGACAGUCCCGAACUGGAACCCUAUGCCCAAGUAUGGACGGUCAUGUGCGAGAGGGGAUGAGCAAGAAGCAGCCAUGGAUGCCCAUGUGGAGGUGCUUUUCCAAACGCCUUUAACUAACCACUCGUGGAGCCAAUCUGAUGAUACCCUCGAGUCCAUUGUUCAUAGUUCAUUGUCAAGGAAACGGACUCGAUCCAACCCAGAUUGCAAAAAUGAAGCUUUGAUGAGUUGGGCUUCCAUGGAAUCUCACGGGAGCUUCAAAACCGAUGAUUCCGUUGAGGAUUUAGCUCAAGAUGAUGGCUGGGUGAUGCACAAGGAGGAUGAUCAUAAUAUGAAGGGGAAAGCAGAUGGGAGCUGCUCAAUCGGACGAACUCGAGCGGCUAUUAAUCACAAUCGGUCUGAUAGAAAACGGAGAGAUCGAAUAAACCAGAAGAUGAAAGAUCUGCAAAAGUUGGUGCCAAAUGGGAGUAAGAUGGAUAGAGCUUCACUUUUGGAUGACACAAUUCAAUAUUUGAAGCAACUUCAAGCACAAGUUCAGUUCAUGUACAGUAUCAGAUCAAUUGUGCCGCAGAUGGUCAUGCCUCUAGAAAUUCAGCAGCAGCAGCAGCAGCAGCUUCAGAUGUCACUGCUUGCAGCUCAUAUGGGACUACUUAACACUGAUUCAAAGGCUCCCAGCUCCAGUUCCUUCCCUUGUGCUGCUGCAUUCCCUCCUCCUCCGUUUCUACUGUCUUCUAUCAACUCAACAACAAAGCCAAAAUCUAACCUUUCCACCAGUGCUUUCGUUCCUCCGACCGAUCCUUUCUGUACUUUCUUGGCACAAUCGAUGGAUAUGGAUUUCUACAGUAAGAUGGUGACACUAUAUUGCCAAGAAGUGAACAGGACACCUCGGCAGGCAGGCAAAUUUGAAGGAAUCAAGGAAGAUAUGCAUUAGAGCUAACCACAAAAAGCUUCAGCAAUUGGUUGAAUUGAAUCCAAGAACAAAUAGUCUUAGUUGAAUAGCUAAAUAUGCCUCAUUUCAACCAAACGUUCAAGCUUUCUCCAGUGAUUUUGGUUGAUGGAAAUGACAUAUUCUAAUGUUAAGAAGUUCUGCAUUUUUU